AUGGGGCUUUCUUUAUCUGUUCCGGACGGUGUCAAAUUCCCUUCAAGUCAUUUAAACAUGUAUAAAGAACUUCAUCAAGAUUUGGGAUGUUCAAUCCCACCUAAAGGGAAUCUAGAACGAUGGGCUGUUCAGUUUCUGGGCAUUUACCUUCUGAAGUUCAAAUGGCUGAUUUGCAUUUUCACAGCAUUCAGUUGUUCCACAAAGAAUAUUGGCCACGAUAAUAUCAGUUUUGCAGCAUUUGAUAGACAUGUCCAUUGGGGACAUAUACGAUUUAAUGGACCCAGAGAUGGAGUUUCUGACGGGAUAAGAAAGACCGGCAACGAGUGGGAGCUCUUCAAAGAAAACAUAGCUGAAGGAAUCAAAGAGGAAUCAGUGGCAGCUCCUUCCAAAACCCUAAUGGAUUUCUUACAGCGGCCGGCUGCGGCGAAGUGUCUUAAGACCUGCUCUGCGGCUUCUGAUGGCCCUCUUUCAUCAUCGUCAACAGCUGCUAUUUUCUCAGACCACAAGCAAAGAAUCGAAUUCAACAGAGCCCUCGCCUUAUCCAAGCGAAACCUCAAAAUCUGCUCUGAUAAACUCUCCAAAUCAGAUUCUUUAGGUCUGUUGAUGUUUUACUAUUGA